CUUACUUAGAUUCGUUGAUUGCUGCUCCAAAGAAGACAGAUUGAGAACUGAGGAAGCUGAAAGCAAGACAAGGAAAGAAAAAGCUAGACAUCAAUGGUGAAUCUUGUUUCAGCACAGAGGCCGUUGCUGCAUGGAUUAAUGAAGAUGGCAGGGGUUAAACCCUACACGUUGGAGAUUGAGACAGGAACUGUCAUGAACUUCUGGGUUCCAUUGGAAACCCUCAAGACUCCCAAAAAAGGCCAAAAUCCAGAGCCCCCGGCUAAACCUAGCAAGCCCGUGGUGGUGCUGAUACACGGUUUCGCCGCCGAGGGCAUCGUGACUUGGCAAUUCCAGGUGGGAGCUCUCACUAAGAAAUACUCCGUUUACGUGCCGGACCUCCUCUUCUUUGGCGGCUCUAUCACCGAUAAAACCGACCGUUCCCCGGAUUUCCAAGCCGAGUGCUUGGCUACAGGGCUGAGGAAGCUCGGGGUGGAGAGAUGCAUCUUGGUUGGGUUCAGUUAUGGUGGGAUGGUGGCGUUCAAAAUGGCUGAACGGCACCCUGACCUGGUUCAGGCCGUGGUGGCGUCCGGCUCGGUCGUGGCAAUGACCGAUACCAUCAAUGAAACAAUGCUGAAAAGCAUGGGGUUUUCUUCUUCGUCGGAGCUCCUGUUGCCCACCUCGGUCAAAGGUAUGAAAGCGCUUCUCUCUGUUGCUGCUCACAAAAAGCUGUGGUUUCCGGAUCGGCUUCACAAAGACUUCCUUGAGGUAAUGUUCAACAACAGGAAGGAGAGAGGUGAACUGCUAGAAGCUUUACUAAUCUGCAACAAGGAUGCCACGGUUCCCCAUUUCCCACAGAUGAUCCAUCUCUUAUGGGGUGAGUUUGAUCGGAUUUUCGACAUGGCGAUUGCCCAAAGCAUGAAAGAGCAACUGGGAGAAAAUGCAUCAUUUCAGGUCAUAAAGAAGGCAGGUCACUUGGUUCACCUGGAGCGACCUUGUGUUUACAAUAGGUAUCUGAAGCGGUUCCUUGCUUCCUUCCAUGCAGACAAAACAACAGAGAAUACCCAGAAAUGAUUCUGUCUGCAUUAUGGGCUCAUAAUAUCUGUACUCAUGAGGCACUAUUCAAUGUUAUGUAGAGUGAAGAACUAUAGUUCUAUCCUCUGAUAGGUGUGUCUAAGAUUGUUUCAUGGAAUUGUAGUCUACUCUAUUUAUAUCAACUUAUCUAUUAUUUUUUAUAU